CUCCCGGCAGCCUUAGCGCGGCGGCUGAAGGUGAGCGGGGCGUCAUGGCGUUCUGCCCCCCGCCGGCCUACCUGAGCCACCAGCAGAAGGUGCUGCGGCUGUAUAAGCGGGCGCUGCGCCAUCUCGAGUCGUGGUGUGUCCACAGGGACAAAUACCGCUACUUUGCCUGUUUGAUGAGAGCCCGGUUUGAAGAACAUAGGCAUGAGAAGGACAUGGUGAAGGCCAGCCAGCUGCUGAGGGAGGCGGAGGAAGAAUUCUGGCAGAAUCAGCACCCACAGCCGUAUAUCUUCCCUGACUCUCCCGGGGGCACUUCCUAUGAGAGAUACGAGUGCUACAAGGUUCCGGAAUGGUGCUUAGAUCACUGGCAUCCUUCUGAAAAGGCAAUGUAUCCUGACUAUUUCUCUAAGAGAGAGCAGUGGAAGAAACUGCAGAUGGAAAGCUGGGAGCGGGAGAUUAAGCAGCUGCAGGAGGAAACCCCAGCUGAUGGGCCGAAGACUGAAGCUUUGCCUCCUGCCAGAAAGCAAGGCGAUUUGCCCCCUCUGUGGUGGCAUAUUGUGACCAGACCUCGGGAGCGGCCAGUGUAGACAUGGACAUCUCACCACUCUGCUUGCAAGUGAAGUAAAUCACAGAAUGCACACUUGCCAUAAUAAAACCAGUUAAAGCACU